AUGAGUAAGCAUAAAAUAGCUUGUAAACAUGUUUCAAAGGUAAUAAAAGAAGCUAUUCAAAGAUACGAACAUCAGUUAGCUAUUGUUUUCAAAAAUAAACCAAAGAAACUUUAUGAUCACAUUAAACAAAAAGAAGAAACAAAUUACUCACUUCAAGCUCUCGAAGAUGACAAUAAAAGCAUUGUAACCGAUGGUGCAGUAGUCUCAGAUAUUCUAAACGAUUACUUUCAUUCUGUAUUUACUACUGAAAAUACAGAUUCAUUGCCAGUUUUUGAAUUACGUAUAAACGUAUCUUGCACAAUAGACCUAAAUCUCCUAUCGGCGACUUCAGUUCAAGAAAGACUAAAAAAACUCAUUGGAACCAAGUCGAAAGGAUAUAUAAACAUAAACCCACGAAUAUUACGCAACUGUGCUUCAGCAUUCACUAUUCCAUUAGCUAUGAUCUACCAAAAAUUAAUUUGUGAUUCACAGGUUCCAGAGCUUUGGAAAAAAUCAAAUAUCACCCCAAUUUUUAAAAAAGGCAACAAGCAGAACCAAGCCAAUUAUAGACCAGUAUCAUUAACAUCGGUACCUUGCAAAAGUAUAGAAGGUAUUUUACUAGGGUUGUUCGCCAAAAAACAAAACAUCUUUAUCUACCGUAAUAGAAUUGUUACUGUGGAAGUUGCACAUGUGAAAAUGCACAUUCCGUAA